AUGGCAUUCAUGAAGUUCCUACUACUUCUUGCUUUACUUAUUGCAACUUCACCCCUUUCCAUUUUAAUUACGGAAGGCCGACUUUCACACAAGGAAGUAUUUAUUAACCUUAGUGGUGUUGGUGUCGGGGUUGGGGCGGGUGUUGGGAUUGGGUUAGGAGGUAGUGGAAGUGGUUCCGGAUCAGGUGCUGGAUCUAGAUCAAGAUCAGGAUCGAGGUCUAGCGCCUCGUCUUCUUCAAGCUCAUCGAGCUCAAGCAACAAUGGCGCUGGAGGAGGUGGCUUUGAAGCAGGCUCGUCUGCAGGAUCCUAUGCGGGAUCCCGCUCUGGAUUGGACACCGAGAGGGAAUCUGAAUGA